AUGUUUCCAUCGACAAGCGGAACUCCGCAAGGAUUGUCGCCGAGCUCGGGAGAGUCACAUCGUGUCUCGACUGGAUCCAACUCAAGCUACGGCUCGUCUGGUUUUGAGAGCUUGAAGUGUUCGGCGUCGACUUCCUCAUCAUUCCUCCAGACAUCAAUGCAUGUCGCUGAAAGUCCGGCAGAUUCGAAUCCAAGCAGAAGCAGUGUUCAUUCGACGGGAAGCGGUAGCGCUUCAUCAUCGCUGGCUUCGAGCUCGGUUCACGCGCUCGAUGACUCGUUCCAUUCGGCCUCCACUGCCGCGCAAACCCCAACUGUGGUUAAUGUGACACAGAUGGUCUUGAACGGAAUGCCACAAGCCGAAAUACUUGCCAACUGGCUCGACAGCAUUAAUCUCAGCGAGUACUUGACAAUGUUCCUCAAGCAAGGAUACGACCUUCACACAAUUGCUCGCAUCGCACCGGAAGAUCUCAUUCCAUUGGGCAUCAAGAGUCCUGAGCAUCGUCGUAAACUCAUGGCCGAUAUUCACAGCUGGCAGAUUGAGGAUGUCUUGCCGAAUGUCAUUCCUCUCGGCGGAUUGAGAGAGUGGCUUCAUCAAAUUGCAUUGGUUGAGUAUAUCGGUGUUCUUGAAUCGCAAGGGUACAACACCGUCGAGGAAGUGUUGAACUUGACAUGGGAGGAUUUCGAGGACAUUGGAAUCAAACGCCUUGGCCACUUGAAACGUCUUGGAUUGGCGAUCAAAAAAAUUAAGGACCAUCGUCGUACAAUGGCGUGCCGUGAUCCGGUGUCGUCGCCACAUUCGCCAUCAAUCGCACAGUUGUCUUCUCCAAUGAUGCCACGUGGAUUGGAUCGUCCAAUUUUGAGUUCCAGCCGCUUCAACGAUCCACCACCACCAGCGCCAUCGUCGGGCCAUUUCCAGCCGAAAAUGAGUGCUCAUGACAAAAUUGACUACAUCAGUUAUAGCCGCGGCGGAAAAACGGCGCCGACUCCCCCAGUCCGCUAUCCAUCUGCUUCCGAUGCGAGCAAAAUAAGCGGCAAAUUCGACGAUCCACUUUUCGUUGAGCCAACCCCAAUUCGACUCAAUCUUGUUCCGGCGGGAAAAAUUCUCAGCGACAUUAGCAAAAUGAACAAGGAGAAGGAAGCUGAGCGCGAGUUCGGAUUCUAUGAUUCCGACUGCCCGCCGCCACCAGCUCCACUCUACUGCGAAGCCAAUCCAUUAAGACUUCUUCCGUUGAGAAAUUCAAUGUGCAGCAACGGAUCGGCAUCGAGCUCCGAGCAAAUCCCAUUCGCUAAUGAAAAUGUUGGAACAAUCAAACCUGCUCGCGAUUCGACAAGGGAAGCGUUGAAAUUCGAUAUUCCGAUGAGUUUGCCGCCAAUGGUCGCCGUCGAAACAAAUCGCGAUCGCCCGGAGAGCGACACCGCCAAAGCAUAUCGUGAGAUCGACACAAUGAUGCAGGUGUUGGUGAACGAUCUUGACAGCGUCAUCCUCAGCAGCAAAUCGUCAAAAGAAUCUGCCAAGAAAUAG